AUGUCGACCAUCUGUGGCCGUAGCGCCACCUCAUCAUUGAAGCUCACACGACAGCACCAACUUUUAUCUAACAGCGCAUCCACAUCCACUCCUAGUCUCGCGAGAGCCUCAAUCUACAGACCAUAUAUCCUGGAAUACCCAUCAAUUGGUUAUACCAGCCGACGACAUGCAUCAUCUCGCCGAGACAAAAGGGCAACCCCGUCAACUGCGACAACAACACCACCAUCCCCGAAAUCAUUCCUCGGAGAAUCAAAAUUCGCAAUCGAGCAAAAUGUCAACCCACCCCUGAGCACACUCCCGAUCGACCUCGACCUCCCACCUGUCUCCAUGUCCAAAGAGAGCUUUUCCGAGAGAUCCUGGCGCCGCCUAAAAACUGCGGGCAAGUACUUGGUCUUCUACAGGGAUGGUCUCAAAAAUACCUACCGCAACUGGAAAGCCUCGAUACCAAUUCGACGUCAACUCGGUCUCCCGUUGUACAUACCAUCCUCACCACCUUCCUCAGCGCGCAACCCAUCAUCAGGUGCGACAUCACUCUAUGCAGCUAUUGAAACGCUCAAAAUCACGCGUUCCGAUUUCCAGCUCGUGCGUCGCGCCGCAUACGAUAUCCGCCGCCUGAUCCCCUUCGGACUUAUCUUCCUCAUCUGCGGGGAAUUCACCCCCUUGGUCGUGGUCCUACUCGGCGAUGCCGUGACUCCUUACACCUGCCGGAUACCCAAGCAGCUCGCCAAAACACGUGCAAAACGUCUUGAACAGAAAGGGCAUGCCUUUGCCGCUGUGCAGGGUGGUCUUGGGUCGAUGAAACCCAUGCGUGAACAGGAUGUAAUGACCUGGCAAGCCCUGCAGUUUGGAUCUAGGGAAUUCGCGGCUACGGCGUCGGCGGAGCAGGUCCUUCGUGCAUGCGCGGUGUUUGGGUUGGCGAAAUCCCACGAUCAAGGCGCUGCUUGGGUGUCGUUGAUUUAUAGGCCGAGGUUGCAGAAAUGGACCGAGUAUUUGGCGUUGGAUGAUCAAUUGAUUGUUCAAAACGGUGGGGUGGAUUAUUUGAGUGCGCAGGAAUUGAAGAUUGCGAUUGACGAGCGUGGUGGGUUUGAGCCUAGUGCUGAUGUGCGGAGAGCAGGGCAAGUUGAGAAGGCGGAGAGGGAGUGGUUGAAACUGUGGUUGAAGACGAGGAAGUUUAUUGAGUGA